AUGUUGUGCUCCUCGAAAGGGGCGGUUUCAGCGGCCCAGCCGGGUCGCGGCAUCAGGUUUAACGAUACGAAGACGACACAGGACUACCAGAUUAUAUUGCCCCAGUUGCCUACAGGUUUGACAGUAACCACCACUGUCUUUUUGCACGCGGACGUGAAAGCGAGGCCAUAUCGAGUCGAGCAUUUCCGUGAUUCUUUAGACCGUUUGCAGUUAAUGCCGGAAGUGGUGGCUCUAGGAGCCUAUCAAAUGAAUCACGUAUGGGCGAUUACCUUCAAGGACGAGAGUGCCAAAAAGAAGAUAUUAUCGACCGCAGCAUUCACCGUCAAGGAUCACAGGUGUGUUGUGAUAGAUCCCAGCAAUCAAGACGUCAGGAUGAAGCUGUACUGGCUUUUGCACACCACACCAGACGAGGACGUAAGAAGCGCCCUGGCGCCUUACGGUACCGUAAGCGAAAUUUCACGGGAGAAAUGGCGUGUGCAAGGCUGUGCUGACAAAGGAUCUCACACGCGUCUGGUGUCCCUUCGCUUGAAGGCAGGAUACACUGUGGAAGACCUGCCGCAUCAGCUCCGCGUCGGGGAGGACCACGCACUCGUGCACGUUCCUGGCAGACCACCGCUCUGCCUCCGGUGCCGCGGCACCGGACACAUAAGGCGCGAGUGCCGAGUACCACGCUGUGGGCUCUGUCGUCGCUAUGGCCACGACGAGACCCAGUGCGUGCGUAGCUACGCCAAUGUGACAGGGUCUGGACGAAACGACGCCGUUGACGAGCACGUCAUGGACCAGGCUGACGCGGAGGCGACCGUGUCGGGGGGUGGAGACUCAGCGAAACCUGAUAGCGAGCCACAGACGGAACUUUCUGAAAAGAACGUGGGCCGUAAAGACGACGACGCGGCCGCACCCGCCUAUGACGCGAAGGAAAUUGCAGACGCUGACACGGACACCAACAAGACAAGUACCACCGCGAGCACCGCACCUAACAGAGAAGAAAGCCAUCAGGAAAGCACCGACAUGGAUUGCGACCAAAAGACGGUCGUAAAGAGACCGCGUGAACAAACCGAGGAAGACGGCACACCAGACGGAGGCUGCGCAGAAGAACCACUCCCGAAAACGCCGGUUUUCAGGCGACUUCCAAUGAAAUUCAAACCCAAGGUGCCGCUAGACAAGAGGACGGCACCGCCAGCAGACCCGCCUUAGCGGGGAUGCUGACUGCAGACUUCGCGACAGAGCCUGGAACGGACGGGUAGCACAGUGAACUCUGAAAAUGUGUGCUGCUAGAGGAGACGCUUGGUCUUCGCCUGAAAAGACGAGACCACCUGACGUGGAGAGUCCGUUGGCCGCAAGUCUUCUUCCUGACGUGAUGGGCCCUUCAAACGGUGUGAGUUUUGACCCCCUGCAGUCGGCAUUAACGAAUUCUGCUGUGGCCCUGAAAGUAGCCACCUUAAAUAUUCGCGGAUUAACUUCUCAAAAACGACAAGCGCAGUUAAAACGAAUACUGAAUGAU